GAAGGGCAGACCUUGUUGUUGUUUCUGCUGCUGCUGCUGUUGUGUUGUACGUUACUGUUGGUUUUUCCCCGCUGUGGAGGAAGGUUAUUUGCUGGUCACCCGUACCAAAACUCCACAACCCGUGAGCGAUUCUUUUUUGUGCGUUGUGUGCCCAUCCGCCCCGUUCUGAUUGCCAUCCUCCCGUACAUAUAUAUAUAUAUAACUGUUGUGUAUGUGUGUGCGCGCGUGCGGGAAAUAAAGCAGCUACAAUAUCACAUGCAGGUGCCCCAGGAGUAAGCACUGUACAAACCGUACCUAAAAUCAUUUGAAAGCAACAAAACAAAAAGAAAAAUAACGAGCGCGCGAGAAAUCAAUAGGUAACCGGUAACUGUCAAACAAAAAAAAACAACAAAAAAACGCGAAUGACACAUCCCACUACUACACAACCCACACGAUCGCCAUUGCCUGCUGUGUAGUGUUUUAUUCCUGGCUGUAAGUAGUAACUGUUCUGCUAAACGCGCGUUACACCAUCCAUCAUCACACCCGCUGUUUCACGACGGGUGCACAGGUGCGUUAUCCUGUGUAACGCACGGCGGGUCCUUGCUGUGUCUUAAGUCUUGCAGUUUGUUCGUGUGUAUGUGCGUGCUUCGAGUGAUUGUUUUACAAUUGUAGCAAAUAAAAAGUACGUGCAAAAGUGUAUGAUAAUUUAUAUCCACAACAAGUAACGUGCCUGGGCAGUAGGCGAAAGUUAGCGAAAGAAUUGUUUCGUUCUGUUUGGCACUCAACAACCACACGCGCGUGUUACCCAAUCGAAUCUAUAGCCGCACAGUGCGUUUGCCGUGACAGUGUGGUGUUUGCGCGAAGAAAUUGUGUGUUUUGUUUUAAAGUUUGCCUUUCAUUUGUGUCUCCGCGUGAUCGUGCGUGUGCUUCUGUGGUUCGUUUCCCUCCGAUUCCCGAGAUACCUCAACAGCAAGCAACAAAACCGCUGCAGAUACUGGCCGGCAGCAGCAAUCAUACAACUGUAAAGUCCCAAAGUAUCCGGAAAUAAUUCAAGCAAGCGUAUCGGACGGGUCGAACGCACGGAGUCAGCUGUCAGUAGCCGCCCGCGUACAGGAAGGCCAAAUAUCUGUGGAAAGUUGAGAAGGAAGACACGUCGCAUGUAGAGCAAUUAAAAACACAGCCACACAAACAUGACCGUAUAGGAGAAGAAAGUCCACGAGUCGAAGAUAAAUUGACACAUUGUGGACGGACGCAGUUGGCAGACCUUGCAUGGUUGUUGUAGUAUGCACAUCACCUAGAUAGGGGAAAGCGUCCACAAAACAAAAGGGCAGUGUGUUUAGUUGCAGCUGUACAAGAGCCCUACUCCUUCGGGGAUCUCGCCGGGAAGAAGCCGUGACAGCACACUCAUCCCGAGGCGAAGCGGUGCGAAUAAACGUCGCGGUGUGCGGUUGGGUAAGAGAGCGACCGAGCGAACACAAAACCAGCGUACGCGACACCAACCCUCCCGAGCACGGCGAAGACGGAGGGUUUUCGGGAAACAUCGCACCCCAUCUAGACGCUGGCUCGCAACGGUGAAGCCCGGGGGGCCGAGUCUCCCGAUACGUCACCGGAAGGCGGUGCCACCUGCUGGUGGGCGCCCUGGUCAGCGAUGGGUUGCUUCGGUUCAGCCGGAUCGAAACAGUCGGACUCGAACAGCUCCGAGGAUACCAAGAGCCAGAAACGGCGCAGCGAUGCGAUCACGCGACAACUGCAGAAGGACAAACAGGUGUACAGAGCCACGCACAGACUGUUACUACUCGGUGCCGGUGAGUCCGGCAAGUCUACCAUCGUGAAACAGAUGAGAAUAUUGCACGUGAACGGGUUUUCCGACAGUGAGCGGAAGCAGAAGAUAGAGGACAUUAAGAAGAACAUUCGUGAUGCUAUCCUGACAAUUACCGGUGCGAUGAGCACACUGACACCGCCUAUUCAGUUAGAAAAACCGGAGAAUCAGGCACGGGUAGACUACAUUCAGGAUUAUGCGUCAGGGCCUGAUUUCAAUUAUCCGCCGGAAUUCUACGAGCACACCGAAGAGUUGUGGAAAGAUCGCGGUGUCCAACAGACGUACGAGCGAUCGAACGAGUAUCAAUUAAUUGAUUGUGCUAAAUACUUUCUGGAUCGUGUUAGUGAAAUCAAGCAGCCUAACUAUACUCCAACCGAGCAGGAUAUCCUGAGAUGUCGUGUGCUAACCUCUGGCAUUUUCGAAACUAGGUUUCAGGUUGAUAAAGUGAAUUUCCACAUGUUCGACGUCGGAGGGCAGCGAGAUGAGCGGCGUAAGUGGAUCCAAUGCUUCAACGAUGUCACAGCAAUCAUCUUCGUGACGGCGUGCUCUAGUUAUAAUAUGGUCCUGCGCGAAGAUCCCACACAGAACCGGCUACGGGAGUCGUUGGAUCUGUUUAAAAGUAUUUGGAAUAAUCGAUGGUUACGGACUAUAUCCGUUAUAUUGUUUUUAAACAAGCAAGACUUGCUUGCGGAAAAGAUAAAGGCAGGCAAGAGUAAGCUGUCCGACUAUUUUGGCGAAUUCAAUCGUUACCAGACGCCAGCCGACGCUGUAUGCGAAAUGGGUGAAGAUCCAGAAGUGAUUAGAGCAAAAUAUUUUAUAAGAGAUGAGUUCUUGCGUAUAUCGACAGCGAGUGGUGAUGGCAAACACUACUGCUAUCCACACUUUACCUGCGCUGUAGAUACGGAAAACAUCAAGAGAGUUUUCAACGAUUGUCGGGACAUCAUUCAGCGGAUGCAUCUGCGGCAAUAUGAGUUGUUAUAGACAUACUUAAUGAUUUCGAUACAACAGCAACUUGGUCGUCUCAUUUUAGUUGUGUCUAUCGUGAAACAAAUAUCAAACCUAGCCAAACUAUACUAAUUUUAUAAUAAAACAAAUAUUUGAUUAGGAAUUAAUCAAAACAAAAAAAAGGAACAUGUAUAAGCACACAGAUACACACCCACACAUGCAAAGUACAUGCCUCUCCCAUCUAAGUACACACGAACACACGUUAUGAUCAACAGAUCGACGAGGUACACAAAAAUGAGCACACUCACGCGAAAGUUUGGACAAAAUCACGAGAGUAAGCCCACAACACAACAGAGAUCCCUUCCUCGCCACUUUCCUUUCCCCACCCCAGUAACCGAUGGUGGGUGGGGUAAAUUGGUGAUUGAUGCGAUGAUAGAACCGGGCCAGGUGGUGCAAUAACGAACGCCGGCAAGCAACAGACCCAGUGCAUGGCCAUCCGGCAUCCUGUGGUGAAUGGGAGCUGCUACAACCCGACAAACAAGUUGAACCUGCUCGAAUGAAGACGAGAGCAACACACAAGCAACAAAUUGAAAACAACUGCCCGUCGAAAAGCGCAAAUUAUAGUGAAAGCAAAAACAAAACAAAACGAUGUCUCCCGCGAAGAAGCAAAGAACAGGGCCCCGUUGAACGAAACCAAAACUGAGAGAAAGCAAGGAUGAGAUACACGCGCUCCUUGUAAACUAAUAGCUUGUUUCCUGCACCCGGCAAAGGUUCACAACACGACCGUUAGUAGACCGGGCAGAGCGAGCAAAUGGAUAAGGAUUCUGCUAAGUAGUGGUAAGCCUUUUUUGUGCAAUAAAUUCGGCGGGUGUAGAUUUAGGAUUAGUAGUGGGGAUAAUAAUGAGACAAAUUCUCACACAAAAACACACAUUACACCGUACGGUAUAUAUAUAUACCCGCUGUACAGUAGUAGUACCGGCCGGGUGGUUUAGUAUAGCGAGCGUAAGCAAACCAUGGUGUCAAGAAAUGUGCUGGCGGAAACCGUACCGUUUCUUUCCGUUACAUCGUUCAUGCAAAGUGUCCGCGUAUAGGCUUAGAAAACGAGAUCCAUAAAGGAAAACGGUCACUCAAACGCAAACAAGCAACAGGCGCAGGAGAAUCAGUGAUGCUCGCACUCAGCUUCCAGUUUGCUGCUUCCGAUAGGGCGCAGAAGAUGCAAUUGAAGUGAUGUGAUCGAUAGCCCAACCCCGAACUAGUGAUCAGGUGUAGAAGAAGGAUGGAGAGAAGUGAGGCAGAGGACACAGAUCCGUUUUGCAGUGUUCCGUAUCAUGAACGGCGUACAGAUAAAACACCGUAAAGUGAGCAAAGAAGAGCGGGCUUAGGAUUAGUACUAUCGCAACGUAGCUGUUGGAAUUUCAGUAUUUCGCUCUCAUGUUUUUAUAAUCGUUUGUUUCCUAAUGUUGUUAUUUUUGUUUUCAAAUUGCAAAAAAUGUCUGUUUUUUUAUGCGGUUCGUGGCAUACCCAACCGGCACAACCAACCAAUUUGUAUUAAUUAGAUCACCGCAUGCGCCAUAAGACUCUAUUUCUAUUGUUUAUGUUAGAGAGGAAGAGAGUUCUCGUGUCCCGCGCCGGAACGCGUAUGUUAGAACGCUAGGUUAGAAUUUGUUAUUUGUUUUAAUAUAUUGUUUUUAACGUUGUGUAGAUAGAGAAACAUCUUUGUUUUCACCUUUCCAGGCCUGCACUUUUUAUUUUUCUGUUGUUAGGUACAGUUGGGGUUAUAAUUUUUAAACUGUUGACAGUCAACCGCGCAGGGUUCGUUUCCUUUGCUUUGGCGUUGCUUUUGUUAUGUUUUGUUAGGAAGUUAUCGUUGUUUAGGCCUGUACAAAAUUAAGGCUUUGUGCAGACGGUAGGCUUCAUUGUGCUUAUGGUGACGUGUAAUGCUUUCGAUGCACUUUGCUGAAACCAUGGCGCCUCCGGCAGUAGUUCUAUGAAUUUGUUUUUAAACUAAAAUUGUAAAUUAUGCUAUCUGUAUCGGACAUAAUUGUUGUACAUACAAAUAACUCAACAGACAACAGCAAUGUAAUUAGAUCAAUAAUAGCCAUAUUUAUGUUACCGAAUACACUCCAACAGUAAAACAUCAGUUUUUUUUUAUUACCAAUUAUUUAAUUAUCCGUAAAAGUGUCCACGGUACUCGAUAGUUGUUAAAGUGCGGAAACCCCUGUCGUCUGUACAAAACCAAACCGGAAAAAAUACACACAUUGCCGCAAGUUCGAUUGUUUCGGUUUGGUUUUCCUUGUGUUGUGCGUGUGUGUUUUGUUUUUCGUUACUACUCGCUGUAAAUGUAGGUUUUUAUCGUGUCACAUAAAUGUGUUGUGUGGUGGUGUGGUUAGGUCGUACGGUGGAGAAAAACAGUGUGUAUUUUGUGCAGAAGGAUUUAGUGAUGGAAACCGGAUCACUGUAAACCGGACGGAAUGCUUUAGCAAAAUACGUAGUUAAAUGUAAUGAAGAGGAUCGUAUGUGCGGGUGUGUGCGCGUGAAGGCGAAGAAAAGUGCAAAUGGAGUGAAGCGAUGGAUUAGUGAAAAUGUUAUUUUGAAACAGAAUAAAAUUCUCUUAGGUUACUGAAAGUUUAUUUACCAGCUGUCUGUAGGGAAAGAUGCACGAAGCGGGCAGAAUCAAAGUAAGACUUUAGAUAAUCCAAUUCCACGUGUAUGCAAACAGUCAAUACAGUUAAAUGGCACAGCAACAGGAAGGAAAGCUUUACGUCUUGGUCGUGUCGAUAGGAGAAAUUCGUUUAUUUAGAAGAUUACCUACACCUACCGUUAUCUCUCGCCAAUUUUGAGUUUCAAUCGGGAAGGCAUUAGGUUGUACAAUUUGUGGUUUGGGCAAGUAAGUUUGAAUCUCGUAUCGAAAGGUGAAAAGGGCUGAGGUGAUAAAGCUAAACUCUGCCACCUGCCAUCUGGAAGCGGUCGGGUCGCAGCGUAUAUCGAAGACACAAAUGUAACAGUAAACGAUUCCCCCGAGCUGGAUGUGAUUGCUUGACGCUACACGCAAAACAAACAAAACCGAAAUAAUUCGUAGGCUUCGUAGAGGAAACGCAACAAACUGCAGGUGUCCAGUCGUACAUGAGGGAAAAGGAAAUAUAAAAUGUGUGGUGUGGAGGGUCGAACACAUCUUGGUGUGUAUGUAACAACGCAGUAACAAGUGGUUCUGUUCGGUGGAAGUAAAAUGCCAACAACAAGAAAAUCCACAACAACAGCUAGGAAAAGGCAACUGAAACAUGUAAACCAGUAAAACCCUGCAACUACACACACACACACAGCAUGAACAAAACAUGAAACAACACAACACGUAACCAAAUCAGAAUCAGAUGGCAAUUUUGUAUAGCUUUAUUAAUGGGUAUAGAAGAAACAAGGCAAGAGUACCCCACACGCACACACACAGAAGAAAUAUUCGAACGAAAAUGAUAGUCAAAUGAAUGGUGUUUAUUAUAGAUGUUAAAGUAGUACAUACAUAAAGGUAAAAUGGCGGCGGCAUACAAAACAGUUCGAUACAAAGGGGGAUUAACAGGAAGGAAGAAAGUUGGCAAUAAUAACGGCAAAUUACUUUCGUUGCUGCGUAAAUGAUUAUGCGUCGUUUUUCUUGUUUUGAUUUGCUUUUUCCACAAUCUUUACCCAUUUGUUUUCUUUUUCUAUCACAUCAUUGAUGAGUUUGUGUCACGUGGAAGCUGUUACUUCCGUAUUCUCGUUAACUAACUAACCUAACUAACUACCAAGCAUCGGCUUAGAAAGCGGUAACUUUUCACGGAACAAAAGAAAAACGUUGUGUUGCAGGAAUUCGAGGCUCAAUAUAGACAUGGGGGCAUUUUCAACGUUCAAAAGGUUGCACACAUCACAGCAACCUCUGUGAUGGUUGUGGGCCGUGGCAAACGCAAGCGGAAGUAACUGCAUAGAUCUGUCGUCUUCUAUCCUAAGACGAUGCAUCGCCCAAAUCUGG